AAGCUUUUGGCUGAAAAGGACAAAAAGAUCUCUGAACUUCAGGAUGCAUACCUCCGUUGUCUUGCUGAUCAAGAAAACCUUAGAGAACGUAGUCGCAGAGAAAUCGAGACAACAAAAGAAUUUGCUAUUCAAAAAUUUGCAAAGGACCUUUUAGACACUGUUGAUAUUUUAAAUAUGGCAUUGAACGCUGUUCCCACUGAACUCCGUUCCAAGAGUACUUCCUUAGAAUCUGAAUUUGCAAAGGAUAGCGAAAAGCUCAUUGAUCAAUUAACUAAUCUUUACACUGGUGUGUCUAUGACUGAAGCUGAACUUAUCAAAGCAUUGAAGCGUCAUGGUGUUGAACGAGUUAACCCUGAAGGUGAAGCCUUUGACCCUAAUCAGCACCAAGCCUUAUUCCAAGCUCCUGUUCCUGGUAAGGAAGCUGGUACGAUCUUUUCUGUUCAAAAGAUGGGCUAUACCUUGAAGGGACGUAUCAUUCGUCCUGCUCAAGUUGGUGUUGUU